AUGUCUAUCACGUCUCAAAACAGCGAAGUUGUUGAUCUAAAAUCCUUGAAAAAGGAUAAAGUUGUACCCAAGGCAGGUUCAACUUCUUCUUUGAAAGUGUCAAUAACCACUACUGAGAAUCCUCCUUCUGACCAAGAAGAUGACUCCUCAAAAAAGAAAAAGGAAAGUGGGUUACCUCCCAAGUCUCCUAAGAAACAAAAACACGAAAGUGCCCAUUCUGAAAAUGAAUCAGAAAAAGAUGAAGACAUUUCUCCUCUAAAACGAAAAAAGAAAAAGAAAGUCAACAAAUCUGGCGAAGGUUCUCAACUUGCCAAUCCUUCAAAAAACAAAGUGAAUGUGACUGCUCCCAAGGUCAAAUCCAAAGGAUCUUCGAAGCCUCAGUCUUCGAAGAAUGUAAUUUCAGAAUGCAUUGGUAGCAAUGCAACUUCUGAUGAACAAAAGAGCGCUCCUUUUGUUCUUUCUGAUCCUCCAGCCAUUCAAGGCCAAGCUUCCAAACUUGCAGCCUCCUCUCAACCAGAAGGUUUCAACGAAGCUGUUUUAAAUAAAGGUUCGUCCACUGCUGCUACUCCUGCAGAGACCAUCGAAGUCUUAGAUCAACAAGCAACCUCGCCUCCAUUGGUCGAAGCUUUAGACCAACAAGCAACUUCGCCUCCCUUGACAGAGGGCCAUGUAGCUGGCGAACGAUACACAACGCUCGAAACUCUCAUCAAUGACAAUCCUAGUGACUCUUCUCCAAGAAGGGUACAUUUUGCUAACCAAUCUGAAGAGGAAAGUGACACACAUACUGUGAGUCGUUACUUCGCAGAUGGUGACGAAGAUGAGAUAGCGCAAGAGGAGGUGGAAGUUCCAGUACCUACUGGGACUAUUUUCACUAAAAACCCAGACCCUCCAAUCUUGACUGGGGAACAGAAGGAAGAGCUAAAAUGGAGCAAUCCCCUGAAAUAUAUCAAACUAAUGCUAGCUCAACGAGAUUCUUCGUCUAGCAAAAAUCAAUCUGAAGAUUCCAGCCAAAUAAAGGACAAUGCCCCUCUUACUUCUCUUGAUCAACUUAUUCAACAAGUUAGCAGUGAAUAUAUUAGGGUUAAUGAUGCUGAGGCUAAAAUUCGAAGCAAACAAGAAUCUUUGUCUAAAGCUUACGAUCAAACUUCAAAACUUUCUGAAGAAGCAGAGAAGUUGGAGCGCGCUAAAAUCCAGGCCCAAGACAAGCAUGAUGUCUUGGCUCGAUCAAUCAUGUUUUGGGAAUCUCAGAUUGAAGAACUUAAGAAGAAGAUUGAGGGUGCUCGAAAUGAGAAGGCAGCCUUGAAGUUUGUUGAUGACCAAGAGCUUGAAAAUCUUGUUACACAAAGUCUUCAACAGAUGGAGGUGGCUGAAGGAAUAAUUGAAGAAAUCAAAGGGCUCGAAAACGUCAGAAAUACUACCCAAUGCAAAAUCAACUUAUGCAAGAGCAAGUUUGCUAAGUUGAAACGAAACGCCCCUUUCUGA